GAGAAGCAGCCCCUGUGUUUUCUGAAAUGCUGUGGUGUCUUGCACUUCAGGGCCACCGUAGAAGAGAGUCUGUUGCUGCUUUAAACUCCUGCAUUUCCCCACAGGGAUUAAUACAUGUCUGUCUGUCCGUCCGUCUGUCUAUCUGUCUGUCUGUCUGUCUGUCUGUCUGUCUGUCUGUCUGUCUGUCUAUCUAUCUAUCUAUCUAUCUAUCUAUCUAUCUAUCUAUCUAUCUGCCUGCCUGCCUGUCUACUAUCCUCCAUUCUCAUCUGUCCAGCAGGUGGUGAUAAUGCGCCAAAAGCGUCGAAUAACAACCGCAAAAUUAAGCGUAGAAGAAGAACGCGUCACAUGACCAGAAAUGUUUAAUCAACAUCCAUGCUAGAAUCAUCACACCGUGGGAACAGAUAUAAACAGCACCAGGUGGAUAUUAAAUAUAUAAUAACCCCUGAGGAAGAUGCGCUCUCUGGGCUCCGUGCAGCACAAGAUCCCGUGCGUGUUCCUCACGGAGGUGAAGGAGGAACCGUCCAGAAAACGCGACUGUCAGCAGUUCCAGGUAGUCGCCACAGAGACCCUGAACCCCGUGGCUCUGGAGGCCGACAUCCACGGUGCCGUCGCCACAGAGAAGAUCGACGGCACCUGCUGCUACGUUACACUUUAUAACGGGCGUCCUCACCUGUGGGCUCGCCUCGACAGGAAGCCCAACAAACAGGCGGAGAAGAGGUUCAAGAAACACCAGCACCAACACCGCAGCUGUAGAGGUUUCUCGUGGGACGUCGAGGAGGAUUUUAAGAUUGUUCCGGAGGCGUGGAUCCCGGCUCUCAGAGUCCAACAUCUCAAUGGACAUCCGGUCCCCGACGAACACGGACACAUUCCAGGCUGGGUCCCGGUGCAGAAAGACAAUAAACAGUACUGCUGGCACGGCUCUGUGCUGGACCCUGAGGGGGGGGCGGUUCUGGUUCUGAGGCCUGGUGGUGAUGAAGAUGAAGAGGAGCUGGAAGUCUCUGCCGUGCCGCUGGCCGACCAGAUGGAGCGAACUCUGGAACUCAUCGGAACAAACGUCAACGGGAACCCUUAUGGUCUGGGCAGUAAGAAGCAGCCUCUGCACCUCCUGGUGUCUCACGGGAGCUUUGGGGUCAGAAACCCCCCCCCGGUGGACUUCCAUCAGAUCAGCUCGUGGCUGAGGGAGGGUCCGGGGGGCCGGGUGGAGGGCAUCGUGUGGCACUGCAGCGACGGCACGCUCAUCAAG